UGGAUAUUGGCGGUGUGUUCGACCCAAGGACGUUUGUUUUUGGAUAGAGAAAAAGAGUUUACAAUCAUUGCAGACUUUUGUUUUGUGUCUGUUGUUAGAAAAUGGAUGGUUGUCUAGAACGUAUGCCAUUCGUUUCUCUUAUUGCAUUUAUCUUGGUCGCAUGUGGUUCAGGGAUUAUGUGCGCAACGAACUUCGAAGCUCUUAAACGCAUUGACGAUUUUUUCGAGAGCAGAUUUUAUCCGAUAGAUGAACCGAAAAUAUUUCGAACACUGGGAAUACUUAUCUGCGUUUUAACUAUGAUGUUCGGCAUCACAAACGUUGCCGUAGGAGUAGUCACAACGGGCGACAUGCGUUCAAAAUUCUAUCCCAACAAACGUUGUAUUAUGUGUGGUCGUCAUUUUUCACGGUUUUUGUUGGGGUUGGCCUAUUUGGCUACAUUCGUUUGGCUUCUUGUUUUCGUCACUUUGUCUGUGCCGGUCUUUCUCUGGGUGAUGGUACAUAUUGUAUGUAAAGAAGAGACAGAUUACUGGCGUAGUUUUAGUGCAAACAAAGAUGAGAGAGAUUUUACGUAUACAUUUAAUCUCACACAUUAUGGCCUUUAUCGUAGACCUUUAGAUACUAGCCUAUGGAGUGAAUACGUUAAUUCACCAAGUGCAUUUACACAUUUAUGUCAACAGAUCUCUACAAUUGGACCAUUGUUUGCAAGCGCUUUAAUCGCUAGUUUCUUAGUGAUUAUUGGUUUGAAUACUUCUAUUGCCUGUCUGUCUACGGCUUCUGUGAGACUGCAGUAUUUUUCAGAAAUUGACCGCUAUCGUAAAUUAGUCAACUCAUCACCUCAAACAGAUCCUACUUGCUUAGAAGAAUACUCUCUCCAACCUUUGUUACAACAACCCAUGUCCAUACAGUCUGCUGGUUCAUGUAUUAAAUCCAACACUUUACAAUUCCCUCACGACAAUUUAAAUACUCUGUCACCAUUCAUGAAUUCUACACCAACAGGUAUGGGUCUCAUUUCUAAUCCCAACAUUUACAAUGAAUCACAAAUGUCUCAGCAGUUUUAUUCUCAUCGACCUAUAAGGCAUUCUACUUAUUCACAUCAAUCAAAUAUUUUAAAUCAUAAUUACUAAUCAACAAAUUGCAUUUGUAAAGUAUCUCAUUUUACGUUUUUUUUUCUUUUUCCAAAGCAAUAAUACAAUCAAAAGCUUUUCAAUUUAUGCUAAUUUAUUAAAUGUUCACAACUAUCCGGUAUUUAUAUUUGUUCAUAUAUAAUCAAUCUAUCUACAGAAUUGUACUUUAUAAAUAAAUCUCAGGUUCUCAGUUGCAUUCCAUGUGUAUUUUGUCUGUGUUUUAUUCGAUUUGUUUUUGUAAGCUUUGUAUAUAUAUAUGUUUACCUAUUUUUAUUCAAUAGCUUAUUGUUUUUUCUGUUGUUAUAUUUUUUGCUUAGAAAUCAUUUCUUUUUUUUUUUAAAAAAAAACCAUUCCCGUUUAGCAUGAAUCAUGAAACUUAUGCAACAUUUUUAGUUUCAUUAAAAUUAAAAAAAACAAACAAUAAUACAUUCUCAUCUUGUGUGACGUUUCUCUUUUUGUGCACCAUAUUCUCUUAUUACUACUUACUUACUUA